GUGCACCCUCCGUUCCGGGCGCUCGCAGCCAUUGUGGGGUGGGCGUUCCCCUCGCCUCGUGCUGACACGCCCUCUCCGCGCUGCGACCGGCGGCCAGGGCAGAAGGUGCCCUGUGCGUGCUCGGAGGGGGAGGCUCCCGCCGGGCUCGGAUCCUCGCUGCACCGCCUGCCGGCGCCUCUCCGCUGCCCGCGCCCCACGCGCCUCCCGGGCACGCGCUCCCAGCCCCGCGCGCGCGCACGCGCCCUCCCGCACCCCCGCGGCGGACGCACGGCCACGAGCGCGCGUGCGCCUCUCGGAACGUCCGCGGGAGCCGAGCCAGAGCGAGCGCAGGGCCGGGCGCGCAGGAGUGAAAAGGAGGCGGCGGCCGCGGCUGCGAGCAACAGAUCCGGGCGCUGCGAGCUCACCCGCUCUGCUGUUGGGCGAUUUUGUUUUUGUAAUUUCCCCCAAAUCUAUUAAUUUGGAAAACCUUGCAUUUUUUAAUGGCGCUGGCCCUGGGUCAGCGGGCGCUUUUCUCUGCCUCAAGAUGGGUUUUGCCGUUUCCGUCGUGGGCACCCGUGGUGGUCUGAUUGUCAGCCUUCUCCGGGCAUUUUUAAGGCCAGGAGCCGAGCGCUGCAUGUAGGCAAAUCACCCUACGGAGCGGUUUGGCUUUUGAAAUUAUUGUUAUUAUUUUGGGCAGAGAACAGUCGACCUCGGGCACUCGGUCCUCUUUGCUGGAGAGGCUGCGAGUGUGAAAUUCCUCCCGGGGUGAGCCAGCCCGGUCCCGCUCACAGUCCAGGCGGCCCAGCGUGUGCGUCCUGUCCCCGCCGGCGCCGGGAAAAUGGAGGCUGUGAUUGAGAAGGAAUGCAGCGCGCUCGGAGGCCUCUUCCAGACCAUCAUCAGCGACAUGAAGGGGAGCUACCCAGUUUGGGAAGAUUUCAUAAACAAAGCGGGGAAACUGCAGUCCCAGCUUCGGACAACAGUAGUAGCGGCAGCUGCCUUCUUGGACGCCUUUCAGAAAGUGGCCGACAUGGCUACCAACACACGUGCUGGCUAUACGUUUCUCUGCGCCUUGGAGGACAAUCACACUCAUGCUAAUAUAUCCUUGUUGUCAGUCACUGCAAUUGGAAGGAAGAGGGAAGAAAGAAGAUGGAUUCACCGGUGAGCCAGAGCUUUUGUGUAACACGCAGGACCAAUGCUUUCCGAAUUCUCUCCCGCUGGCUGUUUUUCUUUUUAUCCCGACUCUGUUCUCUCCGUGCUCGUGGGUAAAACCAGAAUUCUUUCAUCUUCAGUAGGGAAACCUCUGGUGCAGGAUACAGCUUUUGAUUCACUAUUUGGGCCAUUUGAGCCAAGCAGGUUACUAAACGGAAGGGUGUUUAGAGUUCUGCCACCAGACCAGCUGUAAAUCGGUCCGUCUACCCAUCCAUCUCUAGAGCUUUCGACUUCGAAGCGUGUUGCCAGGCAUUGUGGGAGGAAGGUAACGUGGCCAAGAAACUCAAGUUUAUUGAGCAGUUCUGUGUUCUUAGGCCGGGGCUAAGGGCAGCAGCUGCAUAAGGAACACUGUGUUAACCAUUCAUUUCCAGGACUUGCCAAGGUCAUAGUUAUUUGGAGCCAUGUGUGUUGGGUCUCACCUUUUCUUCUGCUCUCACACCACUCUGCUUUCUGAUAGAACACUUAGUGUUUUUCCCAGGUGUGUGUGUGACAGAAGCUCUCUUAGCUGGCCGCCUGUGGGCCUGCUGGCCGGGGUGACGGUGGCUCUCUGUCCCCCUGUCCUGGGUGGGGGGCUAGGAUUGCUCUCUUGCUUGUCCCCUACCUCAUCUGCUUCGUCCAGGGGAGUGCUGUGCUGGCUGAUCAAUUGUUUCUUUUUUAUUUUUUCUCCAAAACUUUUUGCAGCUGAUGAAAUUUGAGUGUGAAGAGAAUAAGUUGUUUUUCUGAAAACUACAUUCAGUGUUUUGGAAAGACUUGAAAAAUGUUAUUAAAAUAUUCCUGUUGUUUUAGGUGUGGUUAAGAUGCAUCAGAAUAAACAAAGAGGGAGCAUGGUGGUGGUUAAAUUCUAGGAGUCUUCUCUUUGCAAGUAGUGAAAUGCUCCUGGAAGGGGCCUGAAAUUGGAUGUGGUGGGUUUGGUUUUGCUAGAAAGACCAUGGCUCUCCGGUCAGCAGAUCCAUAUCCAAAGAGGAGGCCUUGGCCCUUCAUCACAAGAUGGAGUGAAUGUUUUGAGUGAAGGUAACUUGUUUAAGGUGUAUAUAUAGUUUCUGAGUCCUCUCCUGCUCUGACUUCUUAAAAUAAUCAAACAAACAUCUCAUCCGACAGGAUGGUCGUUCUACUGAACCAGAGUGACUGCCUUUCAUAGCCUCACCUCCUGUUGCCUGGUGGGAAAUAGGUGGGAGUGAUGAACAGUGAGUAGGCUGGGGGAAGGAGUCACAAGAUCGGGGCUCUUAUUCCAGCGUGACCCCCCUACCAGCUGUGAGCCCGAAGGGAAACCACUCCGUUUCCUCAUCUGUGAAAUGGGUUGAACAGCUCCUGUCCAGCACUACAGCUGGGGAGAGCCCAGCUAGUAAACAGUUAUAUGUUUCACAUAGUAGAUGCGCAUUAAAGGUCACCUGCAUGUGAUAGGCUCAUUAUAUUGGUCUGUUUUUAUUAUGUUUAUCUGGUUUGCUAUUAUGAUUAUUAAUUAUGGGAGCAAGAAGUUUAGCAAAACUCUUGAUUAAAUUAGGCUUUCCAGAUCCCAAGUUUAUGAACGUCUAGACCAGCGGUUCUCAACCUGUGGGUCGCGACCCCUUUGGCAGUCGAACGACCCUUUCACAGGGGUCGCCUAAGACCAUCCUGCAUAUCAGAUAUUUACAU